AUAAAUUUAUUAUGAGCACUGCAAAGACUAGGUCAGUCACAACUGUGCUGAAGAAUAUUUUACUCCUUACUAGAAAUGUCGACCGAUCAGUCAGCUUUUACACUGAAGGACUAGGAUUAAAGCUGAUGCACCACUCUGAAGAUUACGCAGAAGUUAGGGAUAGUAAUGAUUUCAGAAUUGGUUUUCAAAGGGUUGAUAGCCAUGCAUUCACAACAACUGGAUACAGCCCCAUACUUAAUUUUCAGCUCAAAGAUGGCCAAGAUAUUUAUGAACAAGUUAGCAAAUUAGAGAAAGAGUACGGAGCAGCUCUUGAUGGAGAGAUUUGUAAAGAUGAUAAUUUCGAAAUCGCUACUUUGAGGUCCAAAGAUGGCCAUAUGGUCUCUCUCAUGAAAAUUAAGUAUGAUGAACAGAUAGAUGAUGAGGAUGGAUUAAAUACAGUAAACCAAGAGGCAACUCUCGAUCCUCGGCAGCAGGAAAUUAGGCGUUUGUUGGAUAGUCUAAAGCUCUAAAUUUCAA